ACUAGAUCUGUUCGAUUAAAAUCCGACGGUGUUUAUUGAUUGUUCCUGAGUGUUCCCGUACCGAAACUCGUUAACCGAUUCACCGUUAAGUGUGGAAUCAGACAGUGAAGAGAUCAACAGAUAUUUAUCUCUCUACUUCUCUCGGUCGUAUUCGUCAUUCUGCCUUUUAUCUAUUUCCAUAUCAACAUUUUAGGGUUUUUACUCCUCUAAGGUUUCGCUUCUUCUUAGAUUCUCUGUCUUCCGCUUCAGUUGGAUCAUCGAUUUUCUCAAUUGCUCUGAAGUUCAGCCGGUGAGUUUCUUCCUUUUCACGAUUUUGGUGUUUACUUCCAUCGGGCAAUUCGAAGUCUUCAUUGCAGGACGAGUUCAGAUUUGAAUCGCUUAAAUUAGGGUUUUGAAUCAUCUAUCUACUAUCGGAUCGAGAUUAUCUGAUUUAGAGUCAUAAGAGUCUUCGGAGAUUAGCUUUCUGAAGCAAAUCCGUCAUACGAGAUGUUUCGUUUCCUGCAGGAUUAGACUGAUCCGGAGCUCUUCACGAGAUUAAGGGAAUCUAUUUCACAAUUUCGUCGAUAUGACAGAGAGAAACGGUGGUUUCCCUGGUGAUUAUUGUUUUGAGGCACCCGGUGGAGAUUAUGAUGAAGGAUCUGAUAGUCCGAGGGUCUCAGAGGGUUCCAAUUGUUCAAAAAGAAAGGUCGGUGAAACCUUCGGUGUCUCGAAAAUGGUAUUACCCUUAUCUGGCCUAUCAUCAUCAGAUAGGAAGGAGUUGAUUCGUAGGCUAAGACAAGAGCUGGAACAAAUACGAGUUUUCCAGAAGAAUUUUGAGCUUUCUAGAACAGUGGCUCUCACUAGCUCUUCUGCUAGUGGUUUGACUCGAGUCAAGAGUUUUGGAAUGUCGCGAUGUUCCACGGGUCCAGGAAAGACGGUGAACCCUAUAAGUGCUGCUUCUAAACCGACUCCUGUCACUACUGCGGUUAUGCUUCUGAUGAAGCAAUGCGAGGCGCUUUUGAAACGAUUGAUGUCACAUCAGUAUGGUUGGGUGUUCAAUACUCCAGUGGAUGUUGUCAAGCUGAAUAUACUGGACUAUUUUAAUGUUAUUGAGCAUCCUAUGGAUUUAGGAACUGUGAAGAAUAAGUUAACUUCGGGGACAUAUUCCUGUCCGUCAGAGUUUGCUGCUGAUGUUCGGCUUACCUUCAGCAAUGCAAUGACGUAUAAUCCACCUGGUAAUGAUGUUUAUGUUAUGGCUGAUACACUUCGUAAGUUUUUCGAAGUGAGGUGGAAGACCCUUGAGAAGAAAUUAUCCGGAACUAAAGUUCAUACUGAACCGAGUAACUUAGAUGCCCAUAAGGAAAAACAUAUCGUAAUACCUGUGCCUAUGGCUAAGAAGAGGAAGACCACUGCAGUAGACUGUGAGAAUGUCGUAGAUCCUGCUAAACGGGUUAUGACUGAUGAGGAUAGACUCAAGCUGGGCAAGGAUUUGGAGUCCUUGACUGAGUUCCCGGCACAAUUAAUAAAUUUCUUGAGAGAUCACAACUCAAAUGAAGGAGGGAUUGGGGAUGAUGAGAUUGAGAUUGACAUUAAUGAUCUCAGUGACCAUGCCUUGUUUCAGUUGCGGGAUCUCUUAGACGAGCAUUUGCGUGAGAUCCAAAACAAAAAAUCAAGUGUUGAACCCUGUGAGAUAGAGCUUCUGCAUGGAUCAGUGCCAGGGAAUUCAUCAAUGCAACAUUGUGAUGGGAGUGAAUUGGAUGAUGAAGUUGUUGACAUUGGUGAAAAUGAACACCCAACAUCCAGCAUUUCUCCUGUCACGAUAGAGAAGGAUCUGGUGUUAGGAAACUCUAAUGGUAAUAGCUUGGGAAGUGUGUCCGGUGAUCCUAAAAUGUCAAGUUUACCGAGGGCAUCAAAGGGGCUUGGAACCAUCGAUCUUGAACCUAUGUUGGAUGGAGCUACAAGCGCUUCCCCAACAAGAGGAUCAUCUGUUGGUGGAUUGGAUCAGCUGGAAAGUGCAUCUCCGGAGAAAAUAAGUUCUGUUGAGGCGGAUUGUCAGCAAGAUGGAAAUAGUGCUCAGAAUGAGAAGCAAUUACCUCCUGAAAAGAGCUACAGGGCUGCUAUUUUGAAGAACCGAUUUGCAGACAUAAUUUUGAAAGCCCGAGAGAAACCUCUUAACCAGAAUGACACUCGAGAUCCAGAGAAGCUGCAGCGUGAGAGAGAAGAACUCGAGCUUCAAAAGAAGAAAGAGAAAGCGCGAUUACAAGCAGAAGCUAAGGCAGCUGAAGAAGCUCGUAGAAAAGCUGAGGCACAAGCUGCAGCUGAAGCUGCGGCUGAGGCUAAGAGAAAGCUGGAGCUUGAAAGAGAAGCAGCACGCCAGGCAUUGAUGGAGAUGGAGCAGUCGGUUGAACUCAAUGAGAACGCAAAGUUUCUCGAGGAUCUAGAACUGCUGAAAACAGUCGACACAGACCAUUUGACAAAUACAAUAGAGGAGGAGGAUGGGCCUGAUGUUGGGUUGCGUAGUUUCAGUUUUGGGGGUAGUAAUCCUCUUGAACAGCUUGGACUGUUUAUGAAACAAGAUGAGGAUGAGGAGGAAGCUGACCCGCUAACUUCGCCAGCCCCUGAAAUAGAUAUAGAAGAGGGAGAGAUUGAUUGAGGUUGUAUGCUGAUCCCCAAAACCAAACAAUAGAUAUAUCUGAAUUCUGAAUCCAGAAUCCAUCCCAAAAAAAAACAUAUACUGUGAGCUUCAAGUAGAGAGGGCCGUUCAGACUGAGGAUUGGAUUUUAUUGGUACUGAGAGUGGGAACGUAGUCAUUCAUGAGUUAAGUUUUGCUUGGAAUGGUCGUGAGAAGUGGGUCAUCGUCUUUUUCCCUUUGCGUUGUGUUGUGUGAUGUUGGUACGGGUUAUCUUCGUGCUUCUUGUCGAAUUGAGUAUAUUGUAUCAGUAAAGAAUUUAUAACUUAAAAAGAGCCUUAUGUCAAAUACGACGUCGUUUUGUAUGGAAAUGGAUUUUUUACACCGCUGAAAAAAUAAAAAGAAAACUCGGAAUCUCUUCUUCUUCA